GGACAUGGGAUGCAUUUCUAUCCUAUUCAUGUUGAAGGUCACAUUGAUCAUCUAGUUGAAUGUGGAGGAGCUGUUCGGUUGGCCGGGAGUGGAAAGUUGACUAUCCAGAACGUGUCACAAAUAGUAUUCUGGGGGGGGACGAAGAUCGCGCCACGACGCGUUUAACCCGUCCUUGAGGUAAUCCGCACACAUCAUCAUCCUCCAUCAUCCUCCUGCAUCCUCCAUCUCGCCUCGGUAAACAUGUCUCACGUAGCGUCGUCCAUGACUGACGACGUGGUGGACAUGGUACAUUCAAGAGAAGUGACACCUACUUCGACUGCGACGGCGUCUUCUUCUUAUGUCAAUGGAGAGAGUUCUGGAGGGACAACACGGAGUGGCGCUUUUGGAGGGCAUGGGAUGAUGGUAGGAGAAACGUCGGAAAGCAGUUGUGGGACGAGUGUUGGAGGCAUGUCAUCGACUCUGAGUACGAGUCAAGGAGAGGAUAUGGACAAGUUUAAGAAGAGGAUGGAGUUGGAGCAGACGAUGCAAACGCUUCAACAACGUCUCAAACUCGCCUCCAUGAAGGCUGAGAAUGGAUGGACAGAUUUAUCGUUGAAUGAGAUCGAGACGAAGUUGCCCCCACCACCAACGCCUCCGCGGCGGCGAGGCGAUAAACUCACGAUCCAUCCCCCUCCUGAUACCAUCACUCACGCCCUCGCACCCCAUACGGUCCCAUACGAACCUCCUUCUCCGUCCCGUCCAUGGCAACUCAUCGACGUCUUAUGGCAACCCCUUCCACCACCUCGAAAUGGAUCGCCUAUCCCUUCGUCUCCCCGUAAGCGGUCUCGAGCUGAGACAGAGGACGAUGAGCAUGAUCUUCAUGGAUCGUUCUCGGACCACUUACGGUACCCUUCCUCUCCCGGAGCUUAUGGUUCUGUCCCUGGACCCAGUCAAUACAGACAUUCAUCACCUCGUUCGCCACGUCGCCCACAUCAUUCCCACCACGCUCGACGCGCUUCGGGCUCCGCUCAUCCUUAUCCCCCUCCAUCCCCUCUGGGCCCUUCCACACGGUUCGAAAGGCGAAGUCAGAGCACCAGUCAACCGAUAGCUCCUCAAUCACCCGUGACGUACCAAGAUGUGAAUGCUGCCAAGGCUCUCACAUCCAUGUUUGAGAGUGGUUCGCCGAAACCAACACCUCGUCAACCGUCAGCCUCGUCAACAGGUCCCAAUCGUACUGUCGGUCGUCAUGCGAGACACGCUUCACUCCCCAAUGGUUCAUCUCUCCUUCCUCCUAUAGCCACAGAUCUUUCCCGACCUCCCUCCUCCUCCUCCAAAGAUACCACCACCUCUCCACCACGUCAUUCUCCGCUCGCAACAUCACCAAGUAUCAUCGCUUCCAGCACUAAUGGUGUUCCAGCACCACCACGGAAAGGUUCAAGCGAUACGGUCAUAUCCGAGACGACUAGAUCCGUUCGAAAUACAACACCACCCGAUGCAGCCGACAAGGACGCAGCCGAGUUGAUGAUGUUCCUCGCUCAUUCACCCUCACCUGCCCGAACCAUGCGAUCGCCAUCUAGAAUGACGAGAGAAGGAUCAGGUCAUAAUGGGGCCGCUAGAGUCUUGUUCGCGGAUAUGCCAGGUCAAGAAUACAAGGUGGAAAGACAUUCCAAUCUGGUCUCUGCGCCGCCAAUCACAGCAGAUUCAGGCAUAUGACCGAGGAGCAGCGGUAGCGCCAGCGCCGCGCAGCGAUACCGGGCGUCGCUUCACCAGGCGUCGCUUGACAUUCAAACUUUAGUCACGGUCAAUAGCCCUGAUUGGAAAUCUUCUUGCUAAACUUAUCUCGGAGUCUUUCUUGCCCACCUGUCAUGGUUAUUUUGUUCGAAAACUCAUUUGUAUACCUCUUGGUCACUUUGUAAUCCGUUGGGUGUGAAUCAUGUACGUAUAGAGGAAGACGGAGAGGAAGGAGAAGAGGAAAAAGAAGAAGAAGGACGCCAUCAUAUGCAUAAUACUUCCCGCAUAU